ACAAGAAGGCAAAGGAAAGGAAACAGUUGCUGGAUCUUCUGCAGAGCAAAGGAAACCUCUUACACAAAGAUAUGGGAAACUCCUAAUCCUGAAUCUGUUAGCACCCCUGUAUCAGACACUCGUCACUGUACAACACAGCUUUACGCUGACCCAGAAUCUACAGGUUCUCCCUGUGAAGACUUGGGGUUAGUUGGUGAACAACUACUUGCUGAUCUUGAAUCGCAAAGUGAUCUCGCUCCAGACACCAGCAUGGUCAGACACGACCAUGUGCACAACAAUCCAACCUGUAGCUCUCCAGCCUACGAUCAGACUGAAACAAGCAAGAGUGAGCACAAGAAAACUGACGCUGAACAAAGCAGCCAGAACGGACACACGGUAGAGAAUAGGAGGAGAAGCUCUCGUAUUCAAGCUCGGCCAAUGAGGGUGAAGGACAACUCUUCAGAUAAAGUGGCGAGAAGGUCACGGAGCUCAAAACUGCACGUUUGUCAGCGCUGCAGCGCUACCUUCUGCAGUUCCUACAACCUUCGCAGACAUGAAUACACUCACACGGAUGAAAGGCCUUACUGGUGCAGCCAGUGUAAUAUAGGCUUCAUUCAGAAAUAUCGCUAUCGUAACCACAGAAUAACCCACCACGGAGAGAGACAGUCAUGCAAGUACAAGAAUCCAUCAAAAAGGUGCAAAAUACGAUCUCACAGUGGAGAGAAGCCAGUGGAGAAUGAGCUUCAUCAACAGCAGUUAGACGAUAGCACUGCAGUUACAUCUGAGCUUUCCAGCAAUGCUGAAGAAAGACCAGACUUGACAGAUUAAGACACAGGAAGUUUGAGGAGGGUCCACGAUGAAUAAUUACCUGACUGCAGACAGGUAUCAGACAGUUUAUCUCAGAAAAGGUGCCUCAAGAAGUAUUUGCAACAUAGAACGGUAUGAGAACAUUAGCUUACAGCAUAUUGUGAAAGUAUGAAUAUAUAUAUACAUAUAACAUACUUUUUUUAUAUAAAUGGAGACAUUCAUUAUUUGUAUUUUUUGUUUAAAUUUGAUUUUAUAUGUUAAUCUUAAUCUGAUAUUUUGAUCAAAGGAACAUUACAAAAAACUGACUAAAAGUAUGUUAAUUUUACUGUAUCAUCCAGGUGCUUAUUGGUGUGUAUAGUUAUAAGCAUUACAAAAAUUAAAGAGACAGCGAGUGAGUGUGAUUGAGUUUUGAAUUAGCAGAAUCAUUCCUUUUCUUGUGCAUUUAAACAGGAAGUGAAGCACAGUAGUAAAAGUCCAAAUAGGAGUUUCUAUAAAGUUAAAUGAAAUCUAAAUGUUGGACUGAGAUCCAGUUGUAUAGUGGAGUAGCACAAAAAAAAGAGUUAAGAAAUAGUCUCCAAUUGGGAGAAUGGGAUGGUGUAAGUCUUUUAAAUAUUUGAUUUGGGUUUUAUAGGGGAAAACAUGACUUUCUGAGGACUGCUAGUUUGCCUAGUGUUUAUUGAUGAAUUAGUGCCUACACUGCUUUUAUGUCUGGAAAUUUUAGUUUCUCAAUUGAUAUAUUGUCUGUAUCAUUACUUUUAUGACAUUUUGCUUCUUAAUUAGAGAGCAACAUAUAUAUAAAUAUAUUACAUUUACGUUUUGAGAACAUCAAGUAUUACUGAAGUUGCACACAUACUGUACAUGUACUGUACAUGAAUCGUCAUCACCGACGUUCCCUAUGUCCACUGUAAAUAUGAACUGAGAAAAAAAUUAAUACACCACAUCUGAUUUUGUAGAUCGUGUACUUUUUCAAUACAGAAACUUGCUUGUUUUUGUAACCAGGCAUUCCACGUGUCAAUGACUCAAAAGCCAGUUGGUUCACUUUUACCUAACGAGAAGCAGAGUCUGAAGACCUAGUAGCUCCUCAGGCCACCAUCCAGCACGUGUUGCACAGUGCAAAGUGGAGAUUAAAAAUAAGAGAUAAUGUUUGAUGUGAAUGUCAGCACAGUGACUCUACGAAUGAUCUCAUUAGCAAUGCUGACAAUUACCAUAGGAAGAAGAGGGGAUAUGAGGAAGAAAACGGGUAUGAAUGACCAUGCUGGGAGUCCUCUAAUGGUAAGAAGUCUUUGAGCAAAGCGAUAUACAUGGAGAUUCCCCGAUCCACUAAAAUGUAGCAAACCCUUAGCCCAGACUGUUGAGCACCAACAGCACCUCUUCAUAUUCAGGUAAGAGGCUGCACCGUUGCCCCAUGUGAUCUAGAUGCUUCUACCACCUGGAAGACCUCAGGAAGCACCAGCAGACUCAUGAAGGCAUAAAGCAGCAUAGAUGUCGGCUGUGGUUCAGGUGGUAGAGCGGGUUGUCCACUAAUCGUAGGGUUGGCGGUUCAAUUCCCGGCCCGCAUGACUUCACAUGCCGAAGUGUCCUUGGGCAAGACACUGAACCCCAAGUUCAGUGUGGCAGAUGGCAAGUUAGCGCCUUGCAUGGCAGCUCUGCUACCAUUGGUGUGUGAGUGUGUGUGUGAAUGGGUGAAUGAGACACAGUGUAAAGCGCUUUGGAUAAAAGCGCUAUUCAAGUGCGCCAUUUACCAUUUACCAUUUAGAUGUCCAUAGAUGAGUUCUAGCGAUGUGCUUAAUUACGGCUUUCCUUUACAGGCCUCAACCCCUUUUCAGUGCAAAGUGGGUUUUCAGCCCCCAUUAUAUCUGUGAAAUCCAACACAGUGGCUCUAGAAAUGGCAAAAUGGCAGUAUAUGGGAGGUAGAUGCCAACAGCAGGAAGACUGAGUGCUGACCCAGAGGUUGGCUCUGGUUAUCACCCAGGACCUCAGCCUCAGUGUUUUAAAAUCAAGCCUAAAUCAUAGGAAAAAUUAAACCGGUCAGAAAAAGAUCUCAGGCUCAUUUUCCAUCUAAACUCGAGCCCUUAAAUACAAUCUUAACAUUAAAAUUAAGAUAAACAAAAAAGACCCUUACCUAUCAGCAAUUUCUUUUCUCCAUCGGUAUAUCGACAUGAAAUGACUGGUACCUUUAUGAACCAGUUACCACAAUAAAAAAAUGUUUUGACUGAAUAUCGCUUGUUCCCCAAAAUUAAAAUUGAACAACAACCUAUCAGUUCUGGGGGUGGUCUAUAAUACAUCAUUAUGGCUAGGCCAACCCUUAGAGCCACCCCUGAGACCUGUUUCACAAAGCCGGUGGCUACCCAGGUAAG